UGUUCCACAAAAUGUCUCCAAAUGAGACUCUGUUCUUGGAAAGUACCAACAAGAUCUACAAAGAUGAUAUUUCCAACAGUUCAUUUGUGAAUUUCCAAAUAUGGGAUUUUCCUGGUCAGAUGGACUUUUUUGAUCCCACAUUUGAUUAUGAGAUGAUCUUCAGAGGAACUGGUGCUCUAAUAUAUGUUAUUGAUGCCCAGGAUGACUACAUGGAAGCUUUAACAAGACUCCACAUUACAGUUUCAAAAGCCUACAAGGUGAACCCGGAAAUGAACUUUGAAGUUUUUAUUCAUAAAGUUGAUGGCUUAUCGGAUGACCAUAAAAUAGAAACUCAGAGGGAUAUUCAUCAAAGGGCAAAUGAUGACCUUACGGAUGCUGGACUUGAAAAGCUUCAUCUUAGCUUUUAUUUGACCAGUAUCUAUGACCAUUCAAUAUUUGAAGCCUUCAGUAAAGUGGUACAGAAGCUUAUUCCGCAACUGCCAACGCUGGAAAACCUACUAAAUAUCUUUAUAUCAAAUUCAGGCAUUGAAAAGGCUUUUCUCUUCGAUGUAGUCAGCAAAAUCUACAUCGCAACAGACAGUUCCCCUGUGGACAUGCAGUCAUAUGAGUUGUGCUGUGACAUGAUUGAUGUAGUAAUAGAUGUUUCCUGUAUAUAUGGGUUAAAGGAAGAUGGCACGGGAAGUGCUUAUGAUAAAGAGUCAAUGGCAAUUAUCAAGCUCAAUAACACAACGGUCCUGUACUUAAAGGAAGUAACAAAGUUUUUGGCAUUAGUUUGCAUUCUUAGAGAAGAGAGUUUUGAGCGCAAAGGUCUGAUAGACUACAAUUUUCAUUGCUUCCGCAAAGCCAUUCAUGAAGUCUUUGAGGUAGGUGUUGCCUCCCACAGAAUCUGCAACCAUCAGUCAAGCGCCUCAAAUAUGAAAGCAGUGACUCACAAUGGCACACCCAGGAACGCUGUCUAGAGGAGAGCGAAAGGCCCUGGAUAGACUUGUCAGCUCUUCACUCCAAAUUUUUGUGGAACAAGAGAAGAGUAGUCUGAAAGCCUGAAGUAAUGUUUCACAGGAGAAGAGUGGUGCGAACUGUGGAGCAGCAGCUUGUAACUCAUGUUGGACAACUGAAACUACUGUAAAAAUACUUUGAGGCCAGUGGAGUGAGAAAUGCCGGUUUGAAACCAGCUUUAUUGCAAGGGCAGUGGGUUUUCAGUUUAGAGUCCUGUCUUUUAACAGUCUGACUGGUUGCCAGGUCAAAACUUACAAAUGAAUGAAUUUUGGGUGAAACACUGAAUGGUCACUUGCUCAAUUGUUUGGGGUUU